AUCUGUUCACUCGAGUUUCCCAAUUUCGCCAUCUUCAGUUUCCUUCUCUUUCCUUGCUUCCUCACCUUCAGAUCCAGAAGCCUCAAAACUCUCUCAGGUAGAAAACCCGACGUCCGUGCUCCUGCGCGCCUGGAUCGGAUCAUCAGCGAAGGAACUAAUUGCGGGAAUCGGUCAAUUCCCAAAUCUAUCAACCUACAGCAAAAUGGAUUUUAGCCAGACGCCUGGCGAAAACUACGCCAAUCCCAAGACUUGCUUCUUCCAUGUGCUCUUCAAGGCUGCAGCGCUGGCGUUUUAUAUACUAUCAGCUCUCUUCGUUGAUAGUUUCGUCAUUAUCUUUGUGGUAACCGUGGUGCUUGCUGCUCUUGAUUUCUGGGUAGUUAAGAAUGUCAGCGGGCGGAUUUUAGUUGGACUCAGGUGGUGGAAUGAGAUCAAUGAAGAUGGUGAAAGUGUUUGGAAGUUUGAGAGCCUUGACCAACAGUCACUGGCUCGGAUUAACAAGAAGGAUUCUUGGCUAUUCUGGUGGACGUUGUACCUUAAUGCAGCUGCUUGGAUUGUCCUUGGAGUAUUUUCUGUGAUAAGGUUUCAGGUGGACUAUGUUCUGGUGAUCGCUGUCUGCUUAAGCCUCAGCAUCGCCAACAUAAUUGGUUUUACCAAAUGCCAGAAAGAUGCCAAGAAGCAGAUCCAAGCAUUCGCAACUCAGACGAUCUCAUCUCGUUUUUCAUCAACUCUGCAGUCUGCCUUCAGCGUGGUCUGAGUUAUCUGGACUCUGAACAGAAAGUUUCAAUGUUAUAAUUUCGAGCAUUUUCGUCAAUGUAUGCAACAUGUCCUUUAUCUAGUGUCAGUAGCAGAUGAAUCGUCACAGCCCUAGUUUCUCAAAGUCCAUCCCUUUCCUGGAAUGUGUAAAAAGAAAGCAUCACAUAUAUACGAGGCAAAAAUGUAUUGUAAAAGCACUUUGUUCCAAGUACUCCGAGCACAGUCGUAGAUGUGAUCUUGUUUGAAAAGGAUAAAAAAAGAGCUUGCUGCUUGCUCUAGUUUUGAAUCUUUCUUUACUUAUGAAAAAGAACCAUUUCGACGAUGGCACUC